AUGUUUCCUGUAGAGACAGAGAGAGAGAGAGAGAGAGAGAGAGAGAGGUUUAGACUUUGCAGGUGUCACCGUCUCUUCCUCCGUUUUACAGAAAAUCUUCAUCCGUCAAUUCAUCAGUCUGUGAUGGAGGAGGAGAGAGAAGACAGAGGAGGAGGAGGAGGAGGAGGAGGAGGAGAAGGAGGAGGAGGAUACCACCGGGCAGCCAAGCGGCUUCGGACGGAAGAGGAGGCCGGCGGAGAGGAGCUGGAGGACGGGGAGGAGGACUCCGCCGGAGAGGAGGCAGCGGGGAGCAGCGGUACCACCGACAACAGGAGCCGGAGGAGCGGAGGGAAGGACGGUGUGGACGACAGUCACCGCAUCUCCCCGUCUCCGGUCGUCCACGUCCGAGGGCUCUGUGACGCCGUGGUGGAGGCCGAUCUGGUGGAGGCGCUCGACAAGUUCGGCAACAUCUGCUACGUGAUGAUGAUGCCGUUUAAGCGUCAGGCUCUGGUGGAGUUCGACAGCGUGGAGAACGCCGAGCGCUGCGUGUCGUGCGGAAACCGGGAGGUGGUCUGCAUCGCUGAGCAGCAGGCCUUCUUCAACUUCUCCACCAGCCAGAGAAUCACCAGACCCACCAACGCAGACGACCCCAACAGCGGAAACAAAGUUCUGCUGCUGUCCAUCCAGAACCCGCUGUACCCCGUCACCACCGAUGUUCUGUACACCGUCUGUAACCCCAUCGUUAACGUCCUGCGCAUCGUCAUCUUCAAACGCAACGGCAUCCAGGCCAUGGUGGAAUUUGAGUCAGUGGAGGACGCUCAGAAGGCCAAACUGGCUCUGAACGGAGCCGACAUCUACGCCGGCUGUUGCACGCUCAAGAUCGAAUACGCUCGGCCCAACAGACUGAACGUCGUCCGCAAUGACAACAGCAGCUGGGAUUACACCAAACCCUUCCUCCUGCAGCGAGAGCGGGGAAAGGGGAGGCAGCGUCAGGCCAUCCUAGGAGAGCAUCCAUCCAACGGCUACGGCCCACACUGUCCCCUGCUGCCUCUGCCUGCCAACAGCAGGUACAGGAGGAGCAGCGAGGAGGUGCAGGACAUGAUCUCCUACCCGCCGCUCCACCAUAAGACGUCCUCCUCCUCCUACUACCUGGGCCACGCCGCCUCCAGCUCAGUCGCCAUGGUGAGCGGCCUCCAUCCCGCUAAAAUGAACUGCAGCCGCAUCUUCAACCUCUUCUGUCUCUACGGCAACGUGGAGAAGGUGAAGUUCAUGAAGAGCGUUCCCGGCACGGCGUUGGUGGAGAUGGGCGAUGAGUACGCCGUGGACCGAGCCGUGACUCACCUCAACAGCAUCAAGGUGUUUGGCAAGAAACUCAACGUGUGUGUGUCCAAGCAGCAUGCGGUGAUUCCCAGUCAGGUGUUUGAGCUGGCCGACGGCAGCAGCAGCUACCAGGACUUCAGUCUGACCAGAAACAACCGCUUCAGCAGCUCACAGAGCAGCAGGAACAUCAUCCAGCCACCCGCCACUGUCCUGCACUUCUACAACGCCCCGCCCACCCUGACCCAACAUCAGCUGCACAAGCUCUGUACUGAACACAACGUUCCCGCCUUCACCAAGUUCAAGAUCUUCGAUGCCAAACCCAGCUCUAAGACUCUGUCUGGUCUGAUGGAAUUUGAAAAUAAAACUGAAGCUGUGGAGGCUCUGACCGUCCUCAACCACCACCAGAUCAGAAUACCAAACAGCUCCAACCCCUUCACCCUGAAACUCUGCUUCUCCACCUCCUCCCAUCUGUGAACCAGAAACAAGAUGGCCGCCACAGUCGCCAAAAUUCCUUCAGGACGAACCAGAGAGGAAGUUUUGUUCUUUACAAAAAGACAAAAAGUGAUGGACAGAAGAUUGGAGCUUCUCCUGUGAAGUAUUUGAAUGGAAGAGUUUUGUUUGUUUCUUGUUUAUUUUGAGCAGGAAGUGAUGGAGUCGUGAUGAAGAAGAAAGCACCUUAAUGACUAAAUAACUAAAUGAGCAACGGCCUCUUGUAGAAACAUGAAUACUAUCAGCCUUCUGAGAGGAAAUCUUCUGCUCUGGUUUCAUUAUGCUUCGAUUAAAUCAAUAAAUUACUGUAUCCUCCACAAAAAGCCCUUUCAUAUCCUGAAGAUAGCUCAAACGGUAUCAGCUGACACUAUAUAAAGAAGUGGAACAGCUUUUUGGAAAGCGAUGUAUUUGUUGUAGCAGGAUGUUGAACAAAACUCAGGGAGGAAUCUCUAAACAAGUGUAAAUCAAUCAGAUAAAAGAGAGACGUGACAAUCAUAAAAUACUUUUAUCAUGUUUUACAUGUCAUUUUGGUUUGACAUUGUUUGGGUUUUAUUUUGUGUUUAUUUAAUUAAAUUGAAGGUUAUUUUAUUAGGUUUUGCAGUUGAAUGUGUGUGUGAAUCAAUCAGAUAUCAGAGAGAUAUGUGACAAUAUCUUUUAAUAUGUUAUUUUGGUUUGGCAUAGUUUGGGUUUUGUGUACUUUUUUUAUUGAAUUUAAAGUUAUUUUAUUUUAUUAACUUUGUUUUCCAGUUAAUGGUAAAUCAGUUUAUGUUAUGACAAAAAGAGCUCAACGAUUAUUUGCUUUAUUUGUUAGAUUGAUUGAUUUUAACUUUAAUUUGUAUGUAUUUUUAAAUAGUAAAGGCGAAAGGAUCAGAGUGUUUCAAACUUUCUGUUUUUCCUUUUUAAGAAGAGAAGGUUGAUUGUUUACUGAGGAACUGAUGAAUAUUAUCAUUGCUUUUAGUUUCCUCUAUUGUUAUCAGUGGAGACGUGAAUUCACAUUAAAGCACAACAUUAUUAAUUGAAUCCAUGUUUACAGAAAAAAUACAUUUUGAGGAUAAACUCCUGUUUUCAUUUGUGACUAUUUAAGAAAAGAAUACUUUGUGUUUGUGUACUUAUUCAAUAAAUAUGAUUCUCAUGUGGAUGCAGAAAUGGAAAA